AUACAAGGGUGGCAAUUAGGGAAAGAGGUUGGCCACCGAGUUGUUGUAAAGUCCUUCGCGGGAGCUACAACAAGUGAUAUGUCACAUUAUGUGAAACCAACACUGGACAAGAAGCCUGACCAGAUCAUUUUACAUGCUGGUACUAACGACAUUGGAAAACUAUCCCCUAGCGAAAUCGCCGAUAACAUCGUUGACCUAGCGAGGGAAAUUGAAAGCUCCACUGAUGCCCAAGUAAUAAUAUCAGAGCUGGUCACAAGAUCGGACCUCUCAGCUAGCGGCGAUGUUGAUGCUGUCAAUAAAAGGCUUCGAAAAUUCUGCAAUCAGCGUCAGUGGCACUUCAUACGCCACGAUGACAUUCACUCUACGGACCUAAAUAGAGGAGGACUUCAUCUUGGUGAGACAGGUAUUGCCAAAAUGUAUAACAACUUCGCGAAUAAAUUAGAUGAAUGUAAUUGA